AAGGAGGUGAUCUGGGUUUCCAGAGUGCUCUGGAGAUGCAGAAGACCAGCAAGAAGAAGCGAGCUCAGAGGACCAGCGUUAACCUCACGAAAGCAGCUCAUCACCUCGCUGUGCACACCGACAGUAAUUUGCACCUUGCUCCUACCCUUCGUUUGGAGCCCAGCGCAUUCUCCGUCGCCAACACCACCAGAGGGACCCAUUUCAUAUUUGGACCUGUGGCUGGUGCUGCUGCAGUAACAGCUCUCCGAUUGGCUCAGAUUGAGACUCAGGCACAGAUUGCUCUUCAGCAGCUUGCAACUCUAGCGACAAUAACUGUUGGCAGCCAGUGUCACAACAACGGAUUUGCAGCCACAUUACCUCCUCACCUGGCUCUCCUGAAUCUUCUCAAUAGACAACAGGUGUCAGCUGUUGGAUUUAACUUGGACACAAACAGCAAAACUUACACAAACACACAACAGAGUCUUUGUGCUGCCAUGUACCACCACCACUCCCAGCAACAAGGGCCACAGCCUUUCUCUAAUGGGCCCAGGCCUCCACAUCAUCAGCCACCUCCAAAUCAACAUCAGAAUCGCUCUCCCUCAAAUAUGCUGUCGCAGGCGAUGGGUUUCCAGUUUCCUCGUCCCACCCAGCUCCCUGAUGAGCUAGAGUCCGCCCUGGCUAUCCGGGGUGGUAGGGACAUUGAUCACCGCCUCAUUGACCACAUGAACCGACCGAACCAACACCAGAACCAAGGCUCAGGUUCUGGGAUCAGUCAACAUGGAAACUAUGGCCCACACUCCUCCGACAAUCAGCCUGGCCACCAGCAAGGAGUAGAUUGGUCCAACUACCAACCUCCAACUAAACUGUUUGCUAGUCCUCCACCCAGUGCUAGCCACCAGUCUCAACGACACCAAGGGCCUCAAAAGCAGCCACAGAGCAGUCAUGCUGGAACAAGCUGGACUGCCCCUGUAAGUGACUCACCAUCACCCCAAGCCCGGCACCCCCACGGUGGCGGAGGUGGCAGCAGUGGGGAUGGUCAGGCUUUGUACACACCAGAGAGUGCAGGAAGCAUCUUGGCUAGUUUUGGACUUUCAAAUGAGGACUUAGAAGUGCUGAGUCACUACCCCGAUGAUCAGCUAACCCCAGAUACUUUGCCAUUCAUACUCCGUGACAUCCAGAUCAACAAGUCUGGCAACCCAAAAACUGUGGGUUCCACUUCCUCAUCCUCAUUUCCACGCUCUUCGCCAUUGGCCCGUUCACACUCGCCAGAAGUGCCCAGCCUUCUUACUGUUACACAGACAGCGGGUAAAGUCAUUGACUAUGGCCACGCCAGUCGGGCAAAGGAUGAGAGCAAUAGUACCAGAGAGACUUUCAAAAGAGAGCCGCUCCCCAGUGAAAGGACAGUUAAAAUGUAUCCAUCCUCGUCGUCCUCAUCAGCUCCAAAAGUCGAGAAAACUGAAAGGCGGCAGGUUCGUUUGGAACACAGUGAAUCAGGCAAGCAUGGAGACCGGGACUAUCGCAGGUCAAAUAGUGAUCAUCGCAGGAGCAGUCGGUCACCUGGGAGAGAAUUUCCACCAGCAUCGAAAUCUCGUAAUCUGGACCGAGACUACAGGCGUGAGGGACCCAAACCCAGGCCCCCAUCUGAAACCGGGAGCGAAUCUUCUUCGAGGCGGUCUCUCUCUUCUUCGUCUGGCUCAAAACCAUACGGCAGCAACAAGAAGUUACCUACGCCCACCAUGAUAAGUGAUUUCUCAGCUGUGUCUCCCAAGGUGUAUCCCCAUACCUGCUCCCUGUGCCACACACAGUGUGAUGAGGAAAAGGACUGGGUUGACCAUAUAAACACCGUCAACCACACAGCUGCCUGCAGAGACCUGCGCAACAAGUACCCUCACUGGAAACCAAAUCUACCAAGUCGCAGUGGAAGAUACGGCAGCCGGGCUCUGUGGGAUCCCAGGGAUCAGUCUCCAUCUCACACUGUGUCUCGAUCCCUCUCUUCUUCUCCUCCCCCGAGUCCUUCUCACAGCAGACACAGGGUGGGCCCCCAUUCCCGUAGGCCCCCCAUUCCCGUAGGCCGCGCUCUUCACCAUCAACCUCGCCACCAAUACUACACAGGGGGUGCCUCUCGUAGCGGUUUGAAGCGUCCACAUGAUGAUUCAACCAAGUUCUCCCAUGACACCAGCCGACAUCCAUCCUUGUCUAAGGCAGGUCAUGGCACCAGACAUGGUCCUUUACAGUCCUCCACCAAAACUUUCAAGAGCGGGACGAAGCCUGGGACCAAGACGACUAAGAUGGCAAGUGCCAAGGCUGCUGACACAUCUGCCAAGCCUCCACCAGCCAAGAAGAAGAAGAAGGUGGUGACCCCAGCCUCCCAGGUCUGGUCCGUUGCAGAGCGUCUGGUAUAUCUGACAGGCAUCCCAAAAGAUGCGUCAGAGCAGGAAGUUACCGACUUGGUGGGGUCCUUUGGCAAGAUCAAUAAUGUGAUCCUCAUGCCAUGCUCCGAGGAAGAGAGCGAGAAGUGCGAAGGGCAAAAGGCAUCUGUAUGCAUGUUGAGGGCUGAAGACGCCCAGGCUCUGGCUAACUCCACCAAUCUCUCCAUCAAAGACCAACAAAUCACUGCUUCAGUAGCCAAGAAACCUGAAGCAGGGCAGUCUUUGGAUGCUAACAGCAGCAAACCUGCUCCAGGAGCAGACAAAGAUGCUGCUGGGGAAGACUUGGGAGGUGAGGCUGACCAGAAGACUUCUGAUGAGAAGGGCACGGUGUUGAUCGCAGGACUUCCUGAGAGCGACUGGUCAGAAAGUGAUAUCAUCAAGCUGGUGCAGCCCUUUGGGACUCCCUCUGACAUCAUCCUGGCAACACAAAACGGAAAGGCACUUGUGUCAGUGCCAGACACGGAGAUUGCUCAAGAGAUGGUGAAAGUCCACUCCUUCAUGCCCAUGAAGAUGAACGACUCUGAGCUGAAGCUGGUCCACGUCAAACAGCGCGUCGGUCUCAGCACACCGGUGGCUCUCUACAAUCUUCUGAUGGGAUCAGCCGAACCACUGGAGAAUGCUGUUCCAGUAGGCUGGAGCUGCCUGUUGGUGAUCAAUAAUGUUCCCAACACACCGUCUGCCUCCUCUGAGGUCCAAAAAUUGGUGCGGCGCUUUGGUACCGUCAUCAAGACCCUCGUGCUCAACAACAUGGUGGUCUGUGAGAUGGCGACUGCAGCUAUGGCCUUGUCUGUCUACAAACGCUUCCAGACAUUUCCGUGCAUCAUCCAGAACAACCCUCUGUUCUUCUCCCGCAAGCCUGACCCCAAAGCCAACACACAGACCAAAGUCAUCGCUGCAUAUCUUGAUUCAUCUGAGGAUGCACCUGCAAAUGGCAAAGGCAGCCAAGCAGCAGCUGCAGACGAAGAGGAGACAGCACAUAAAGAGAAUUCCGAUCCUCCAUUGGAGGGGAUUGAAAAAGACGGUGAUGAGAAGGAGGAGAAGAGCCCAGAGAGGACAGUUGGUGAAAACAACGCUUUGGGAGAAGACCAGAGUAAAGAGGAAGAAAUUCAAAAAGAGGAGCUCACUGAUGCUCCUUCUGACACUUUGGCCGCACCGGAUGCCAAACUAGAAGCAGAUCCGGAGACAGACAUGAAAGAAAAAUCAGAUGUUGAAACUGAAAUGGAGACUGCAGAGGAGAACAAAGUGCCCACAGGAGGAAAUGAUGAGACUCCUGCCGGUGAAGAAACAAAGCCAUCUUGCUCUGAUGGUGAAACAGCCUCCCAGGAGAUGGUCAUGCCGGCGCUCCCUAAGGUUACUCAAGAGAUGGUCAACGCACUGCUUGUGGAGUGCCGAACAAGAACCGCCAGCAAUUCCAACAACGCAGCAGCGUCCACCAAUGGAGACCAGGGGAAAACGCAAGUGGAUACAGAGCAGGGUGAAAAGACAGCAGAGGAAAAAAAGGAGCCAGUCAAGAACCACAAAGAGGUGGAGGUGAAGAAGCAGGAGAGGGAGCGAAAAGAGAGGGAGGCAAGAAAAGAGAAGGAGACAAGGGAGAAAGAGCGGAAGGAGAGGGAGAGGGAGCGGAGGGCCUGGGAGAAGGAGGAGAGGACCAGGCGUGACAGGGAGCGAGAUGAAAGAAACAGGAGGGACAGGGAGAAGAGAGAGGAGGAGAGGAGGGAAAGAGAGAGGAGGGACAGGAAGAGAGCACACCGCGAGGGUUCGUCAGGGUCACGGUCGUCCUUCAGGUCGGAUGGACACAGACACAGCUCCUGGAGGGAUGAGCAUUCUAACAACUCAGAAGCGGAGAACAAAAUGGCGGAGGGGGAGGAGGAGUGUGAUGACUUCCCGUUCAACAUGAGUGACUUUGUGACGGUAGAUGAAGUUGGAGAUGUGAACGACCUUCCUUCCCCUGCUGCUUCCUCUGUUCCCAUGGAAACCACAGAGGAAGUGAAGGACGCUCCCUCAUCUGUCCAACAGGACACUCCAGAGGAGACGCCCAUGGAGGUUACCGCGGAAACAGCAUCAGACACCACAGCAACCCUGGUGCAGGCUGAUGAGCACGUUUCAGAGUCUGAAGCUGAGAAUGUGCUAACAGCUGAGACUGCAGAUGAUGCUAUGUCAUCAGAUUUAUCAUCCGGUCCCAUCAUCAUCGCUGUAGCAUCCCUCUCACAGGAUUUACAGGCCGACGCCAGCCAAACAUACAUGCCAACAUAUCAAGCACCUGAGACUGAGAUCACACCUGAGACAGAUACAGUGUUACCUGAGACAGAAGCCACGCUGACAGCCAUUGUGGACUCCACCACUGAGGAUGAACCCCUUCCUGCACCUGCUCCUGAAGCUGCAGCUGUCCCAGCUGACUCCUCCUCAAACAGCACAGCACCAGGAGCAGUGACUUCAGAGAAUGAGAAGGAUGAGACAGAGGACAGUGCUCUCAAUCACGAUCAGGCUAAGAAGGAGGAGAUGGUGCCAGACAAAACAGAGGAGCAGGAGAAGAUGCAGGAUGAAGAGGACAAAGAGACGGCAGCUCCUGCUGUGCAGACAGGAAACCCUGAGAGGCCUGAGGAUCAAACAAACACCAAAGAGGAGUGUGUGAGCAAAGAAUCCUCUCUUCCUCCUUUUGACCCCAGCCACCCAGUUGGUAUGGAGUACUUGGUCCCAAAGACAGGUUUCUUCUGCAAGGUGUGUAACAGGUUCUUUACCGGAGCCAAAGAGGCAGAGAUCAACCACUGCAAAACCCUUAAACACUACGAGAACCUGCAGAAAUACUUGCAGACAACAAAGACAGCGAACGUCACUGCUAAGCCCGACUCCACCUGAAUGCAGUUAUGAAAAUCCAGACUGAAUUCACCAUUCCCCUCCUUUUGUUUUGUCUCUUCAUUUCUCACACAGGGUCCAGAUUCUCACACUGAUGUAGAUUAGUCCCACGUUCCGUCUCAGUUUGAAUAUGUGCUGUAGAUUUUUCAUGUGCAAUUAAUUAAGAGAAAUGAGUUUGUGUACAGUGGAAGGUGGCUGUCGGUAAGAAGUGUGCACAAUCAAUAAAAUGUUUGUACUAAA